CGAAGACAUCCGGUGUUCAAUGAGUCACUGUUGACACCCUAUCACGAACCACCCCCCCAUCGCCGAGAGAAGAGGCCUGUAGCCAAGAUGAUCGGAGGAGCAGAAGAGUGGGAAGUCGAAGAAAUCGUGAAAGAGCGAAACGUCGGCCGAGGAAAACAGUACUUGGUCAAAUGGAAGGGAUGGCCGCACAGCGAGAACACCUGGGAACCAUCACGUCACCUUACCCACGCGAAGAAGGUCCUGAGAGAUUGGCAGAGGAAACAAUCCAACC